AUGGACCGCCGUGUACGAGAGAUUCCCCCGCCCGCCACAUCCAACCGUGCCUCAUUCGAUGGCCAAUGGGAUGCUGGACAUGGCUUACUCGCUCGUCUUCUUCAGCUGGAUGCUGUCCCUGACCCGCUGAGGCUGACCAGUGAACUUUUGAAGCGGCAAGUCAUGCUGUAUGUGGCCCAGGAAAUCACUGGCCGCCAAUCGAAUCCAUCGCACAAUGGGUCAAUGGCACAUGUAACGGAUGGACAUCCAGGCAAAGUCACUCAGCAUCCCGCCAACAGUCGGUCGGCAGUGCUAUUUCUUCAUCAAAUGGCCAUUCGACGAGAGAUCCUCGUGCCCGAUGAUGUCUGCCCAACGAGCGGCUCAUUGGACAUUCGAUAG